UCACACACCAAGAAAAUAUUUGCCGCACCUCAGCACCACGCCUCGCGGGCCCGCCCGGCCGUGAGGCAACUGCUUCAUGGAGAAGGCCGUUCAUAGAAAUUCUCCAAAACACCCUGCAAUUUUCAGAGCCGCCAUGUGUCAUGCUGUCAGUGCGCGAGGAUGCACAGCACACACGCGGCGCGUGACGGGUGAUUCGGGAUUUGGCACCUUUCUACGACGACGAACCUGCGAGCGGCGUGCGAGGGCGUGGAGCGCAUGCUCUCGCGCACAGUAGAUUGCUGCAGUCGAGUCACCUAAGUUCACCCAGCGCACCCAGUGCACCCAAGUAUGACUCAGCUCUUAGCUCGAGUCAGACCGGCGCACGGAGGAGCCAGCGCUUACUACUACCUCCACACUAAGCUCCACUUAGCCCCGCUUAGCUCAGCUUAGCUCAGCUAAGCGCAGCAGGAUGGGAUCAUCCCGUCCAGCACAGAGCGAGGUCAGCCAGUCGUCUCCGCAGCAUGAACGGGAUGAUUCACACAGCACGCGCGCGGCGUGGUGCCGCGCCGCGAGACGCAAGAGCAGUUCGGAGCCGCGCCGAGGCGGCAGCGCUGAGGAGCACUCUGCGCAGCCGGCGACCUUUUCCCGAGUCGGCGCCGGCGCAUCGAGGAAAGGCGGUCGUUCUUGAGGCUCGGAGAACGGAACCGCUGCAGGAGAAGAGGCUUCGACUCGAAACUGGAACCCCCUGUCUCGCAACCCCCAUCCGCGCCGCGGCGCUCUUGGUAACGGUGUUGAUCAUGGCGAAGGCUCGUUUAAAGAAGUGAUAUUGGCGAGCGAUGGGAACACACGAUCGGAGUGAAGCUUGCAAGAGCAGCGCCGCUGAUACUCUUGGAACCGUAGAUACUCUCUUGGAGUACCUAGAGUCCACUUGACUCAGAGUCACACGGUGUGAGCUGCCUGACAUGGUCCUUGUCCUAUACAAAUCUUCGUAUCGUCAUCCGAGUCCAGUCCGCGCCUUCAUAUCAUACUAGUAAUAGUAGUAGUAGUAGCCGCGUUUGAGUCGACUCAAUAGUAGCUGUGGCUGUGGCUGUGCGUCGUCGACGAGAUCAGAGCAUCAGGCCGUAGCUACGUACGUGGUGACUUCUUGGAGCCGAUAAAGGAGAUGGAACAGUGGAGGUCGCUGCUGGUUACGCUGGCUGUUGUCGCCUUGCUUGGGUUACAUGACCGAUUCGUUCGCCUGGCGGGCUCCGUCUUGAUUUUUGAGGAGUCUCAAGGGAGCGCGCUGGACAAGGUGCGGCAGGAGUGGGGGCUGACUUAUGAGGAGUGGAAGGUUGGGGGCGACUGCGACAGGGCGCCCGGCCUGUCGUGCGAUGAGGACGGCUUCGUGGUUUUCUUUUACAUGAAUGCCGGCAUAACCGGCACCAUUCCCGCUGCUCUCGGUGCUCUCACCCGCCUCCGCUUCCUGGACAUCAGCAACAGCCAGCUGGGUGGAACCAUUCCGGAUGCCAUGAGCGCCCUUGCCAGACUCGCCUACCUGCGCAUGGACUACAACUCUCUGUCUGGCGCCAUCCCCCCAGCGCUGUGCGAGCUCACUCUCCUCGAGUACAUGUCGCUGCUGCACAACAUGCUAGAGGGCACCAUCCCCACCGCCAUCACCAACCUGUUCCGCCUGAGAGAUCUUGACCUGGGCAGCAACAAGCUCACAGGCCCACUGCCCAGUGACAUCAGCAACCUGGAAGCGCUGCAGACACUGAAGGUGGCAGGCAAUGCACUGGAUGGCUCGCUCCCCUCGGCCAUCGGCAACCUGCCGUCUCUCCUCCGCCUCGAUUUGAGUGGCAACAAGUUGAUUGGGGAGCUACCGUCUACCAUGGGCGGGCUGAUGCAGCUGCAAUACCUCUUGCUGCAUUACAACGAAUUCACAGGAGCCAUUCCAGAAUCCAUAAAAGACCUCUCCUCCCUCUGCUACCUCGAGUUGAGUCACAACCAGCUCUCCUCGUCACUGCCCACGUCCCUGGGUCUGCUCCCCUACCUUGCCUACCUGUAUCUUGGCAACAACCAGCUGGAAGGACCCUUGCCCUCCACGAUUGGCGACCUUAGCAACCUGCAAGUCAUGCACAUGCCAUCCAAUCAGCUCACAGGGCCGCUUCCGGACACCAUUGGCCAGCUCACUUCGCUGUCAUGGAUCCAUCUGAGUCACAACCUGAUAGACGGGGCCAUUCCCAGCACCAUCAGCACCCUCACCGACCUGUGCCGCAUCAUUCUCAAUGCCAAUGCGCUCAACCAGCCGGUGCCAGACGUCUUCCAGAUGCUCACCAACAUCGACACCCUGAGGCUGGAGGAGAAUCAACUGCCGGGUUCCAUCCCAACCAGCAUCGGCAAGAUUGAGAUCCUCACCUCCCUCAACCUCAGCUCCAACAGUCUCGAGGGAACCAUCCCAUCCUCUCUGGGGACCCUCUCCUAUCUCAAAUACCUGGACCUGCGUCUGAACCAGCUGACAGGAACGGUGCCGGCAACGCUGGGCAGCAUCACCGAACUUCAGCUGCUCUAUGUGGACAGUGACGAGGUGACGUGUGGUGCGAGCGGCAGUAGCUGUGAGGUGGAGCAGAUCUCUUGGACCGCCUUCUGCCACCUCUGCCCCGACUUCUGCUCCUCCUGCACGCCACCGCCUCCUUCUCCUUCUCCUCCUCCAAGCAAGCCCAACAAGCCUCCGUGCAAGCCCAAGCGGGCAGCCUGUCCACGCAAGGCGUGUCCCAAGGGCAAGUGGUGCAUCCCCUUCGUGCGCAGCUGCAAGGGCUACAAGUGCAUGUGAUCUCGCAUGCGUGCCGCAUGCCACCUACUUUUCAGCACUCUUGGUGGUGUGCAGUGCCUGAAGGGUUGAGGUCCUUGAGGUACCGUAUGUGAAGUGCCUCGGUGUGGGAAGAUUGCUCGUGCCUGAGCCUAUUUUUGAGGCGCUGCAAAAAUAGGCUGCUCAUUCGGCUGGUCGCUCUAGCAGUGUACCCGCUGCAGUGCUGUAUAGAGCAGUUGGUUAGUGUCACGUUGUGUUAGGGUUGGCAUGUCUGAAGGCUUUUACCGUAUGAAGACUAUUUGGUGUUUACAGUGCUUGUUGCAUUCGUGUCUCUUAGUACAUGGAUUGGGUACUGUAUAUAUUUUGGAAACCAUGC